UGCAGCUCGGCGGCCACGGACGGGACGCUCCAGUGUGGACACGUCGUUUAAUGUUGUGUCGUUUGAUUUGAGUAACAUUUCCUCUUUUUCCCCCCUCCUUUGUCUCAGCCUGGAGCAGAAAGUUGUCAAGUAAAGGAGGCUAACCUUGUGCUGUUAGCUGAACCAGCUAGUGUCCGCAGCUGUGACAUCUGCAGCGGACCCGACACGCAGCGGGACAUGCUGGAUGUGUUAUUGGUUUUAAACAGAAACUGAAGAGUCUCUGCCGACAAUGUUUUUAUGAAGUGAAAGGAGGAAGUGACCGGUCAUUGUAAUGGGUAAAGAUUACUAUAAAGUGCUGGGAAUAGCCAAAGGUGCCUCCGAAGAUGAGAUUAAAAAGGCGUACAGAAAACAGGCCCUGCGCUACCACCCGGACAAAAACAAGUCCGCUGGGGCAGAAGAUAAAUUCAAGGAGAUCGCUGAAGCCUAUGAUGUCCUCAGUGAUGCCAAGAAAAAGGACAUUUAUGACCGAUAUGGAGAAGAAGGAUUAAAGGGUUCAGCAGGUGGUGGAGGUGGAGGACACAGCGGUCAAAGCUACAACUACACCUUCCAUGGAGACCCUCAUGCAAUGUUCGCAGAGUUCUUUGGUGGCCGCAGCCCGUUUGAUCACUUCUUCUCCUCACAGAAUGGAGAGGACAGUAUGGACAUCAAUGACCCCUUUGGCAUGCCAUUUGGCAUGGGAGGGAUGGGCGGCAUGGGUGGGUUUCAUAGGUCCUUUAAAUCCCACCCUGGAGGCCCUCACAGGGCCCACGAGAGAAAGAAAGACCCGCCUGUGAUGCACGAGCUGAAGGUGAGCCUGGAGGAGGUUUUCUCCGGCUGCACCAAAAAGAUGAAGAUUUCUCGCAAAAGACUGAAUCCAGACGGCUGCACCAUGCGCAGUGAAGACAAGAUCUUAACAGUGGACAUCAAACGUGGCUGGAAAGAGGGGACGAAAAUCACCUUCCCCAAGGAAGGAGAUGAAACUCCCACCAACAUUCCUGCAGAUGUGGUGUUUGUGGUCAAAGACAAACCACACCCGUUGUUCAGAAGAGAGGGCUCAGAUAUAAUUUAUCCAGCAAAAAUAUCACUCAGAGAUGCGUUGUGUGGAUGCACAGUCAGCGCCCCCACACUGGAUGGCCGGACCAUCACUGUGACCUCCAGAGACGUUGUCAAGCCUGGAAUGAAAAAGCGCAUUUCUGGAGAAGGGCUGCCGCUGUCCAAGUUCCCCGAGAAGAGGGGAGACAUGAUCUUGGACUUCUCUGUGAAAUUCCCGGAAAAACUUGGCCAAAACACCCGCGACGCACUCAGGCAGAUUCUUCCACCAUGACUUGAAAGGACUAAAGUUUGCUAAAAUCUUAACAUAUCUGCAUUUCCAGUGGCUCUCUCCUGUGCACCGUUAUAUUUUAGCCCGGACGAUUGAGGCUCAGGGCAGAUUUGCUUCCAGCUGAGUGUAAUUUAACUGUCUGAGCAACAAAUCCAUAUUCUUAAACAGUAUCAAGUCAGUUUAAUGGAGUGUCUUAAGACAACAGAACAGCUGAUUUUAACGCUUCUUGUCUGCAUUCAGCUGAGGUUCAGUAACAGUAUUCAGUAACAGACUGCCGUUUGUCAGUUUAAAGGAGGAGAAGUAAAUAGAAGAAACAUCUAUCUCUCUAUCUGUCAAUCUCUCUACCACUCACUCUA